GUCUGCUUUUGUCAGUUGUGACUCCCGUGCGCUCCUCUGCCAUGCGCGCCUCGCAGAAGCUCGUCUUCCGCAACGCGGGAACGGUCGCAAAGCCGCGCGUGACGAGUCCCCUCCGCCGCCGCCCCUUUUCUCCGCGGCGCAUGCGUCACCUGGCGGACCUGACCAAGCGACGCCGUGCAGCGUGCAAUUUGCAGGCUGUCGCCCGCACCCUCCUCGCACGCAAGAGGGUGCGGGCUCUCCGAGUUGCGAGGGCCGAGUUUUUGAGCCCCGACCCUUCCGCUCAGCGGCCCGCGACUGAGGAGGAUGACACGGAGGGGCAGGUCACUCCGCCCGCCGCGACGCUCUCCCCUGCGACAUCACACAUCGCCGGCCGCAAGAAGGCCGCGGCCGCCGAAUCGACGGCGACUCGGAUUCUGUUCCCGGUCGAGCGCUCCCCCGCCGCGAAGCGCCGCUGCUCGCUCCCCGCCGCGGUCGUCGUCUUUGCCAUCGCUGGCGUCGGACUCACGGCGCUGAUGGCGUCGGUCGCCGACAUCGACAAGACGGCGUGCAACUCUGAGGCUGCGAGGUGGCAGUGCCUCGAGCUCGGCCGGCUCGUGGGGACGCCGACCUCCACCUCCACUUGGCGCAUCAACGCGCCGGCGCGGUCGGCCGUCGACCCACCCUCUCCGACGGGCCAAAAGCCGAGCCAAAAGCCGCGGAGGCCGCAGAAGCCGCAGAAGCCGACCGAGUCCUCGGAGAAGAAGUCUCUCUUCACGCCGUCCCGCGAGUCGGCCAGCUUGCCGCGCCCGCCCCCCCUCCGCUCCUCCCCUCCGCCGCGGAAGUCGCCGCCAGCGCCGCCGCCGCCCCACCCCGCCCACACCGGCCCUGCUCGCCCCUCCGCCCGCUCCACCGACCCGCCGCGCCCCCGCCGCUUGUUACCGACCGCGGCGGCGGCGGCGGCCUCCGGACUGCUCUGGGCCCUCCUCAUCGCUUCGCCCCUCACCCCCGCCGCCGCGGCGCACGCGGCGGCGGCUGCGGCCGCCGCCGCCGCCCGGGCUACCGCGGGCGCUGCCGCUGCAGCUGGGGCAAAGGCGGCCGGCGCCGCACUUCCGGCCCUGCACUCGGCGGCGGCGGCAGCGGCGAGCGCUGGGGCAAAGGCGGCCGGCGCGGCGGCGGCGGCGGCGGCAGGCGCCGCGACGGCGGCGGCAGGCGUUGCAACCAAGCUUGCCGGCGCGGCGGCGGCGGCGGCAGGCGUUGCGAUGAAGGCGGCGGAUGCUGCUGCAGCGACGGGGUCUAUGGUGCGCGCCGGCGCGCUCGCCGCUCUUCGCGCCGCCCAACCGCCGGUGAGCUUCGUCGCCAGGCGCGCGGCUGCCGGCUGGUCGACCGCUGCUCUGCAGAUGGAGGCGAGGGGGGCGGCGUUGCAGGCGGCGGCGGCGGGGGCGGCCCGGCGGCUCGGAUGGCCUGCGGCGGCGGAGGCUGUGCGGCGCUCCUCCGGCGCGGGGGAGCUGCUGCGUCGGUGCGCGGCUCGCUACGCGGCCGCCAAAGCUGCGGCGGCGGGCAGCCUCAGCCAGUCGGCGGCGGGCGCGGCUUGGGCGCGGCUUCUGCUGCCGCGCCUCGUCCGCCCGGGCGCCGCCGCGUAGAGGGGGAGGGUGUCCCGAGGAGACAUAGCCACCUGUGGUGGCCGCAGUGGUGCUGUGGUGAGGCGCGGAGGGGAGAGGGCAGGCGCCGGCGGCAGGUCUGUGCAAUUACGGCUUGUCUGUGGAGAGAGUGGCCGCGCGCCGUACUCCCGCCGCCGUUGCGCGAUGUCGUAUGCGGCGUGCGUCGCGCACUGGACGUCCGCGGGGAGUGUUACGAAUGUAGGCACGCUGUGACCUGUCUGCGGUUAUUUUCUGGGUUGGGUUCUUUAGGUUAACUGGGCAUUGAAGCU